UCUGCCCCGCUCGCCCCUCCCCUCGCGGGUGGGCGGGGCUGAAUGAAUGAGUGAGUGAGCGGCUCAUUCGGCCGUGAGAGCAGCGCGGGUACAGACCGGGCUUCACUCCGUACCUUACAUAUCGGCACGUUGCGCGGAGAAAGAUGGCAGAACAGGAGCCAACCGUGGAGCAGCUAGCAGCCAUUGCCGCUGAGAAUCAGGAAGAGGAGUCUGCAGUGGGUUACAAACCACCAGCACAGAAAACUCUGCAGGAGAUCGAGGAGCUGGACAAAGAUGACGAGAGCCUCAGGAAGUACAAAGAGCUACUGCUGGGGAACCGUGGUCAAGUUAAUGAUCCUAAGGUUCCAAAUGUCCAAGUGAUCCGUUUAUCAUUGAUGUGUGCAACUGCACCUCAUCCCUUAAUUCUGGAUUUAACAGGUGACCUUGACAACUUUAAAAAGAAUCCUUUUGUACUCAAAGAGGGUGUUGAAUACAAGAUAAAAAUUAGCUUCAAGGUUAACAAAGAAAUCGUUUCUGGGCUGAAAUAUAUUCAGACAACGUCUAGGAAAUCUAUAAAAAUCGAUAGCACUGAUUACAUGGUUGGGAGUUACGGCCCGCGGGACACCGAGUACGAGUUCCUCACAACACAGGAGGAAGCACCAAAGGGCAUGUUGGCGAGGGGCAACUACGUGGUCAAAUCCGAAUUCACUGACGAUGACAAAUUCAAUCACCUCUCCUGGGAGUGGCAGCUCAACAUCAGGAAAGACUGGAAAGAAUAAUCAAUGCCAGGCUGGCUGUAGUCCCAUCCGAUAGUUUAAAAAAAAUCACAAAAAUACACCUCCUGUACCAAAGUUAGCUUUUUUGAAACAAAACAAAAUCAUAUUAGAUUUGUACUGCACAGCGCGAUCAUUGGCAAAAUAAAUCAAAUUUUUUUUUGGUAAGACACAGGUCAGAUGCAUGGCUACGUUCCAUUCUCCUGUCUCAUUUUAAUUCUUCCCCCGUUUUUUUUUGUUCUGCCAACAGCUGCCUUUUGCAGGAGGGGAGAGAGGGGAGCUGCAGUUUUAUUUUAAAGAGAAAAUGAUGUGUAAAUCAGGCUUGGCUUGAUGCCCCACCUUGGGGGGUUUUGACUGCUGCUCUGUUGCAUUAACGCAGUGCUAAACCUUGGAAACCUACGUGGUCACAAUGUUUAAUCUAGGCGGAAGAAUAUAAUAUAAAGCUUUAGAGGCUGUUUUUUUUCUUCUCAGAUUUAAUAAAUCCUGUAAUUUUUAUUGUGUAACCAUGUUGCCUUAUGUACGCUAAAAUUGUUUAUGGAAAUCAAAGAGAAAAAAAAUCAUGAAUUUCUUAAUCGUCUUUUAUACCAGCAUGGAUUUAAAGCCCUUUGUUUUUCUGUCUGGGAAUUGGUGGGCGUGCUUCCACAAUAAAGCUAGUCUGAUCAGUGAUGACAUUUCUGAAUGAAUACACUCCUGUUUAAAAAAUAAAUAAAUAGUGUUUGUAUAUAAUGGAGUAUUGAAGGUGUAUGUUUGGGAGGGGUUAUUUUCUGCUGUCUUUGGCAUGUUGUGGGGAGAUAUGGUGAGGAUCUUGUACUGCUUUGCAUGUUGUAGCGGAUGCAAAAUGGAGCUGUGUGAACAUUUUGAACAGUAGAUGGUGCUGGUAAUAUAUUGUUUAAAAAAUGCUCUUCUUUUUUAAACUUGUCUUGAGUGUUGGAAAGAGAUGGUCUGGAUAAUGUUAUGUCUCUUUGUAUUUUUGUGCCACACAUCAGUCUGCCUCAGUAUUUCAUCCGCUCUGGAUUCUCUGCUUCGUUGUCCAGCUAAUUUUGACUAGUUCUCGUUUUUGAACUUGGCAUAUUUAAGAAAUAAUGUUCUAAGCAGCCGGCAUACAUCAUUGGUAGCCAUUGUGGUUAGAACUGGGACCAAAAUUGAUUUUUUUUUUUUUUACCUGUUUGUCUUGCCAUAGCCCUGCUCUUCCCCUUUUCAAAUGGAUUUUAUUUUUAUUUUUUUCGUUCUCUUCUGACUCCUGUGUAGACUGGACAUUAGCAGGUAAAAGAACAAUACCAUAAUUUUCACAGCAAGAAUAAUAAAAUAUUCAGACUAAAA